AUGCGAUUGCUUAUAAUCUUGUUAGUAGGUUUCAGUACUAUUGUAUAUGGUACUCAUUUUCGUGGUGGUACAAUGACAUGGCGUCCUUUGAGUAAUACUCCAUCCGGCAGUACAGUUGCCGUCCAAGUGCGUGAACGAUGGUCAUGGAAUCGUAUUACUUAUCCCUGUAAUACUGCGACCAUAGCUGCAUAUGGUAAUGUCGGAGUCGCAGGUACCUAUAAUGUCACAUGUGUUGAUGGUAAUUGUGGUAGUUGGACUAAUAUGGAUGCAGUAGUAAACUGUACGGAUUAUAGUGCUGCACUUGUUGUUAGUUCUGGUGAACAUUAUGAGACGCAAACAUUUCCAUUAAAUAUCUCAUUUAGUGUUAGUUUUUCAUAUAAUCAAUGGUUUGCAACUCUUGUUCGUGGUCCGAACUCGCCAUGGAGUGUUGUCUGUCGAAUCAGCACUGCUGUUAGACCCGAUGGCUACAUAAAUUCCGGUCCUGUUGCUGUCAGUCUUCCUAUUAUUUACAAACAAAUUAAUAUUCAACAAGUACAUGUUGUUCAAAUGUCUGACAAUGAUGGAACCGAUACAUUGCGAUGUCGAUGGGGAACUACAUCAGGUAAUAUUAACAACGUCAAUGAAUGUAAUAAUGUAUGUAAUGGUGUUCCUAAUGCUACUCUUAUUGCGGAUAAUUGUACAAUUGUGUUUACGCUUACAAUGGCUGGCUGGUACGCUGCAGCAGCAUUACAAAUUGAAGAUUUUUUUAGUACUACAUCUACAACACCAAUGAGUUCUGUUCCAAUACAAUUUCUUUUCUAUGGUUAUGCUGCACCUACCGCUAGUUGUACUAUACGACCUAAUAUCACUGGUAUUCUACCAAACCGAGCUUGUAUUGGUGUAAACAUCACUUCCAAUGUUACAACUUCUAUCAUGGUAGAAGUUUAUUGUCCUGGACAUGCUAUUGUUGAUUUAGUUAGUAGCGUUCCAACUGGUAUGACAAAGAGUGCUAUUAUCCCUUUAAGUCCUACCUUGUAUGAAAUCAUUCUCAGCUGGGUUCCCAUAGAACCUCAAUAUGGCCCGCAACCUGUCUGUGCUGCAGCUAUCGAUAAUAUACAACUCCAAUCUGAUCAAUGGUGUAUUACUUACUUAGUUGGCUUUCAAUCUCCUCAAAUCGUUCGUCCAACAUUUGUUCAAGGUUCAGCAUCACCACUUGGCACUGUCUUUCAAAACCAAAGCCUUUUCUCGAUUCAAACGACAAAGCCUGUAAAUCGCCCAACACUUAAUGGUACUUUCAUCUAUUUCACAGAUGCAACUGCUAAUAAUACACUAGUUCAGAAAUUUGAUUCUGGUUGGGACCCUAAUGUCAUAUACACAGGUUAUACAACUAUCAUUCGUUUUACAGUUCCACCAUGGAUUCCUGGACAUUUUUAUCAUGUGACAUUUGCUACUGGUGUUGCUAGUGGAACUGAAUUUUGUGGUCCUGAAUCUGAUGCGAUUUCUGAUCCAACAUUUUGGGUAUUUAAUAUUUGGGAUCCAGCUGUAUCAUCUACAACAACAACUACUACUACUCCACCAACAACUCAUACAGUUACAUCCUUAGGUACAACCACUACUUCGAUUAAUACUGCAUGUACAACAUCUGGCAUAGUGGCAACUACUUCAGUUGCUGUUACAACAACAACAACUAUAACUACUACAAUUGCAACUACAGCUGGUCCAACAACAGCGGGUGUAACUACUGCAGGUGCAGUAACUGAAACUACCAUUCCUGUCAUGUAUCCUCAGGAUUUCAUAAAUGCAUGUGCACAACCAGUAGCAAUUAUGACUGUUGUUAUGAUGGCUGCUAUGGUUCCUAUACAAACCUUAGUAAUGUAUGCUGCAUUCACAAAGUUUUACAAUAUGUUUAAUCCAUUAGAGAAAAAAGCACAGUUAAGACAUGCACGACGACUAAGAAAUAUUAAUAUUAAUCGACGUUGA